GGGGGCUGCUGAACAGGCUGCUCUCUCUAUGUACACACUGAGUUCAGCGGCUGGAUUUAGGCUUUAGAGAGGGGCUGCCCACUGAACAGUUGGUGGUGAGGACUCUACCUUUCCAGUGUGGCUCUCUAAUGGAGUUUGUUCCAGAGAGGUUCCCGACGUUGAGACUGGCCUGCUCUACCCCUUCCUAAACACCAAGAUAUGAUUGGCGGUGAAUGUGGGAGCUGUGCAACGGAGGGACAUGGAGAGGUCGAGUAGUGAUGAAACAUCCAUACCCCGGAGCCUGUCAGUGGAGAGCAGGGUCUCCGACACCGGACAGCCCUCCCACUCAGCCCAGCAGUUCGGCAGUGGCUUUACUGCGGCCGCUUUCUGUGGCAACUCCAGCUCCCGUCCCAGGGGACUGAUCGACCUGGGUGUAAAGAAUGACAAGUACACAGCUCCCAAAGGUAGCAAGUAUGUGGUGUUUUACCUGGACCUCUCGCUUGUUUUUCUCUUAGAGUUCCGGAGGUGCAGCAUGGCCAGUGGCUGCUUGUGUUGUCUGAAGUAUCUGAUGUUUGUUUUCAACCUCAUCUUCUGGCUAUGUGGCUGCGGGCUCCUGGGGGUGGGAAUCUGGCUGUCGGCCACACAGGGAACUUUCGCUGUCUUGGCCCCCAGCCUGCCCACGCUCUCUGCUGCCAACCUGGUCAUCGCCAUCGGCACCAUCGUCAUGGUAGUCGGCUUCCUGGGCUGUCUCGGAUCCAUCAAGGAAAACAAGUGCCUCCUCCUCAGUUUUUUCAUUAUCCUGUUGACUAUUUUCUUAAUGGAGAUGAUCCUCGUCAUCCUGUUCUUCGUCUACAAGACAGAGGUGGCAGAAUACGCCCGGAAGGACCUAAAGAUAGGGCUGUCACUCUACAACACGAAAGGUAACGUCGGCCUGACCAAUGCUUGGAACAUCAUUCAGAACGAGUACGAGUGUUGUGGAGUAGACAACGCCACUGACUGGUUUGACAGCGACGUGACUAGAGUUCCUGACUCCUGUUGUCAGGAGUACAGUCAGAAUUGUGGGCAGGGCGAUCCCAGCAAGUGGUUCACCAAGGGCUGCUAUGAUAAGAUCGAGGCCUUUGUUGAACAGCAGACGGUUGUUCUCAGCUCAGUUGGGGUAUGCAUCGUGUUGAUCCAGAUUCUCGGAAUGGCAUUCUCAAUGAUCCUGUUUCAUCAGAUUUCCAGAGGUGGAAAAAAGUACAAGGCCUAGUCUGGUGUGCACAGGGGUCAUGGCUUCACCAGCUGUGAGUGUUGUCGUCAGACAUCGCCCCUCACACCUCAGCCUCACCUCGCUGCUGCUUCAGCAGGGAGCGUUCCUUCUCUUUUGCCAAAGAAAAUUUUGAGCUCUGUCUUCUUCCGUGUGACGUAGUGACUGUGGUCAGUCACGUUCCAAACCCAGGUCGCUGAGUCCACCUCUUCUGUCUGCCACCAAACCCGGAAGGUUCUCUAUACACACCAUAAAUCCACACCCACAAAGAAAUGCCACUCUUGCCCUGCCUACUGGAUGUGAGACUGUGGCCACCACUCUUGGUUCUGCACUGGCCUGUUGGUGCCCACAUUGCUCACUGCCUGUUCAGAAGCCAGAGUGUCCCAGGCUCAGAUGGCUUGUCCAUUGCAGGCAGGAGGGAGAUGACUCUGGCCAAACUUCUAGAAUACAGCCCAGCAGAGACACUGAAUGAUUCUUCUAUAACUACUUCAGGAAGGGAAUCCGCUGGGGUGAGGGUUCAUUCUACUCUCGUGGCCAAGGGUGGUCCAGUCUCCUGCUCCAGACCUGAAGAAUGUGGUGGGGUUAGCGUUCAUUCUACUCUGGUGGCCAAGUGGGCCCAUUUUCUUGCUCUAAAUCUGAUCAAACAACUGGUUGCAUCUCUCUCUGAGAUCAGUCAGGUCAACACAUCUGAUCAUCAGUGGGUCACUUUUUACAAAUAAAUGAGCAACUUUUUUAAAGGUAGAUUAGGAAAUACAGUUUAUCUUUGGGAAGCAUUUUGUACCCUGUUAAAUGUUUUAUAUUUGGGCUUUUCUUGCUUCACUUCCCCACCACAACCACAAUGUAAUCUUUCAGAAUAAAGUUCUGGGAUCAUGUUUCACAGAG